GCGUCGAUUCUAGAAAGAUGUGUGUCAAAUUUAACGAUGAGCCUUUGCAUCGACCUAGGGGUCUCGUAGGAUCAUUACUCUUUUAAUAUUAUUAAAAUGAUAAUAGCUUUGCUUGCCGAAUUUGUUGCCUCUUUGUUCUCUCACCGUCUCUCAGCCCGCAACUCUGCCGAAAGCUCAGUCUCCUUCCCCACUCUCUCCUUCGCCAGCAACCCUGCCGAAACCUCUCUCUCCUUCCCUAACCCCAUGCUCUCUCUCCCCAUCUAAAACCUCUCUAGCCACCCAACCCAACUACAACCUAAACCAGUGUUGUUAUUGCUUGAGCAUUACUAAAACCUAAACCAGAGAGUUGUUAUUGCUUGAGCAUUGCGGGCAUAUAGGUAUUCAUUUUGCAUUUGGAAGAAUCUUGGAAGAUCAGGAAUGGCCACUCUUGCUGAUUCUUUCUUGGCGGAUCUUGAUGAAUUGUCUGACAAUGAAGCUCAUCUUCUUGUCGAAGAUGAUGGGGAUGCACAAGAGGUGGAAGAAGAUGGUGGCAUUGCUGAUAUUGAGGCUCUUAAUUACGAUAAUCUGGAUAGUGUAUCUAAACUGCAGAAUACACAGCGGUAUAUUGACAUCAUGCAGAAAGUUGAAAAUGCUCUCGACAAAGGCUCAGAGAUCUCAAGUAGCGGUACUGUUUUGGAGGAUGAUCCUGAGUACCAAUUGAUUGUUGACUGUAAUGCUUUAUCAGUGGACAUUGAGAAUGAAAUCACUAUCAUUCACAAUUUUAUUCGGGACAACUAUCGCUUGAAGUUCCCUGAGCUCGAAUCACUUGUACAUCACCCAAUUGAUUAUGCUCGAGUUGUUAAGAAAAUUGGAAAUGAGAUGGAUUUAACACUUGUUGAUCUAGAAGGGCUUUUACCCUCUGCAAUAAUCAUGGUAGUUUCUGUUACUGCAUCAACCACUAGUGGCAGGCCACUUUCAGAAGAAAAUCUUCAAAAAACAAUUGAUGCAUGUGAUCGGGCCCUUGCUCUUGACGCCGCAAAGAAGAAGGUUCUUGAUUUUGUGGAGAGUAGAAUGGGUUAUAUUGCUCCAAAUCUUUCUGCUAUUGUUGGAAGUGCAGUUGCAGCAAAAUUGAUGGGGACAGCUGGUGGUUUGUCUGCACUGGGAAAAAUGCCUGCUUGCAACCUUCAGCUACUUGGCGCGAAGAAAAAGAACUUGGCAGGAUUCUCUACGGCAACCUCUCAGUUCCGUGUAGGCUACAUUGAGCAAACAGAAAUUAUUCAAAGCACUCCCCCUUCUUUGAGAAUUCGAGCAUGCCGACUUUUGGCUGGAAAGUCAACACUUGCUGUACGAGUUGAUUUGGAAAGAGGCGAUCCAACAGGGCAGAUAGGGAGGGACUUAAGAGAGAGUAUACGAAAAAAAAUUGAAAAAUGGCAAGAGCCUCCUCCUGCAAAGCAACCGAAACCACUUCCAGUUCCAGAUUCAGAGCCAAAAAAGAAGAGAGGCGGUCGUCGGCUGCGGAAGAUGAAGGAAAGGUACGCAAUAACUGAUAUGAGGAAGCUUGCCAAUCGAAUGCAGUUUGGAGUUCCAGAAGAGAGCUCUUUGGGUGAUGGACUAGGAGAAGGUUAUGGCAUGCUUGGUCAAGCUGGAAGUGGGAAAUUGCGUGUAUCACUUGGUCCAAGCAAACUUGCUGCAAAAGCAGCCAAAAAGUUCAAGGAAAAGCAAUAUGGGAGUAGUGGUGCUACCUCAGGUUUGACAUCAAGUUUGGCAUUUACCCCUGUGCAGGGAAUUGAACUGACCAAUCCUCAGGCACUUGCCAAUCAACUUGGUAGUGGAACUCAGAGCACCUAUUUUUCUGAAAUUGGAACAUUUUCAAAGAUCAAGAGGACAUAACCUUUGUAUAGUACUGCUACUACUAUGAUAACCACCACUUGCCAUUGCUUACUUCGCUGAGCAUCUCUGUUAGAUAUUAUAAUAUGUAUGUCAAGCCCGAAUUUUUUGUGGCACUGUAUGUUUAUAAUGGUCAGGCUGUUUUAAUUUCAAACCACAUCGGGCCUUCAGUUUAUCUACCCAUCUGGUAGGAACCAAGGACUGUAAGGUAGGAGCAGGCGGUUAUGUGUUUCGAAGAACAAGCAAAUUGAUGGAAAUAGGUUCUAUUUUUAUUUUAGAUGUGAAAUUUAUUUAUUUU